AAAUGACUCGCAGACGACUCGCUGACAGACUGUCCGCAAGAGCAGCGUGGAGACAGACCGCGUGUUUCUCGGGGAAGCUGCGGAGUUAAACCUUAGAGCCCCUCUUAUUUCAGCCUCUAACGAAGGUCUGUCAUGGCUGGACCAAUUAAUCAAGCAAGAGCCAAGAUUUCUAAAAUAUUUAAUGGGGAACCACAGUCAUACACGCGCUUCAACCUGACCCAGAAUGUUGAAGGGGAAAGUAGCCAUGUGGAAGUGAAGCUCUCGGGUGAUGGUGAGGAGGAGAUGGAGGGAACUGAGGUUGGACAUCGCCAUCCUGCCAGCACUUACACGCAGAGACCGCAGCGCCGUUACAGGACCUUGUGUUAUGGAGCACUAUUGAUUCUGUUCAUCUUCCUUUCUGGUUACCUUAUUGGCUAUGUGACGCAUCGCAAACCUGAGGCCAGCAAACUCCCCGAGACUGGACCGGCAGCAUGCACCACCGCGGGUCAGCCAGAGGAGAGUAAGGAUGAGGGGGAUGCUGCUGUUGACCCUGAGCCUUCCCUGGACUGGAGUGACAUCACAAGCAUGCUGCGACAGAAGCUGUCAUCCAGUGCCUUUGAUGAUCUGUUAAGGAACUUUGCCAUGGAUAGCCAUGAAGCAGGCAGUAGUGGUGAUGAGAGCCUGGCCAACAAAGUAUUGUACACUUUCAAGAGCCUGAAUAUGAACCCAUGGAAUGACGAGCAUUAUGUUCAGCUACAGAUGCCUUCAAUGACCAAACCAAACAAAAUCGUCUUUGGUUCUGAAGAGAUUGGCCAGCCGAAAGGAUACUUGGCUUACAGUGCUACAGGAACCAAAGAGGGAAAGGUGGUGUAUGCAAACUUUGGCCAGAUUGAGGAGCUGAAGUACCUGCUGACCACAGGAGUGGAUCUCUCAGAGAAGAUUGUUCUCAUGAGAACUGGGCAAAUCAGCCUGGCAGAAAAGGUUGCCAACGCUGCCAAGUUUAAUGCGUCUGCAGUUCUGAUCUACCCAGAACCACCUUACGAUGGUUUUGACACCAAAACUGAGCUUUAUGGACACGUCCACUUAGGAACCGGUGACCCUUACACUCCAGGGUUUCCUUCCUUCAACCACACACAGUUCCCACCUGCCAAAUCCUCAGGUCUGCCUGAAAUAUUGGCACAGACGAUCACCGCAGAUAUGGCCCUCAGAAUCCAUCAGAAAAUGGGAGGGAAUGAUGCCCCUGAAAACUUCAAGGGAAAUCUAAAGGGCAUCAGCAGGUACAGACUGGGAGGAGACGGUGACACAAUGACUGUGACUGUUAAUAACGUUCUAGUUGACACGAAGAUUCAUAAUAUCUUUGGAGUCCUCAACGGCUUCAUUGAUCCAGAUCAUUAUGUGGUGAUCGGUGCUCAGAGAGACUCUUUCAGCAAAGGCUAUGCAAAGUCCACCGUCGGCACCUGCCUGCUGGUGGAGCUCGCCAGAGCAAUCGCAGAGAUGAUGAAAGGGGGUUUCAGGCCCAAGAGAAGCAUUGUGUUCGCCAGCUGGAGUGCCGGCGAUUACGGCAGCGUGGGCACUACAGAGUGGCUGGAGGGUUACCUGAGCUCGCUGGACAAGAAAGCAUUUACGUACAUCAGCCUGGACGGAGUGAUUCAAGGUCGGAGCAAGUUCAGAGCAUCAGCCAGUCCGUUGCUGUACAGCCUUCUGAAGGACACCUUAAAAGAGGUGGAGACUCUUGCGAGCGAAGACAGAACCCUCUUCCAGGACUUCGGCAAAGAAGAUUUUGAGGAAAUUCUGGAAACCAUGAAGAUGGAGGAUGGUGCCUAUCCUUUCCUGGCUUUCUCGGGAAUUCCCUCCAUCUCCUUCCGCUUUGUCUCAGAUGGGCAGGGCUAUGGCUAUUUCGGAACACCUCUGGACAAUAAGGCCAACCUGGAAAUUGCCACUGAGCAGCGGUUGGGUGACUUCUGUGUGUCUGCAGCUCAGGUGGCUGGGCAGAUGGCCCUCAGGCUGGUCCAUGACCACAUCCUGAGGCUGGAUGUGACCUCUUAUACCCGCUUCAUCAGGAAGCAUAUGGUCAUGAUUAACAACCGUGUCAACCAGCUCAAACACGCUGGCACCAUGUCUGCACCUCUCUCGUCUAAGUGGCUGAUAUCAGCAAUGGGGUCUUACAAUCGCGCUGCUGACUCUGUGAUUGACGAAAUUCUGAAUAGUGAACUGGAGGACCGGGAGAAGUGUCGCACCAUCAACAACCGGAUCAUGAGGGUAGAGCACAACUUGCUGUCCCAGUACGUUUCUCCGAGAGAUGUCCCUUUCCGUCACAUCUUCUUUGGCACCGGUGAUUACACUGUGUCUGCCCUGACCGACCACCUGAGGGACCUGAAGGAGCAGGUCGUCGGGUCCGACGCUGACCUUUUGCGCAACCAGUUUGCCCUGACCACUUGGACCCUCCAAAGCUGUGCCAAUGACCUGGCUGGAGACGUGUGGGCUCUGGACAAUGAGAUCUAAUGAGAGGAAUGUUUUAGUACGACGUGCAGGCAGACCCAACAUCACUUUUUAGUUUAAAACAUCUACCAGUUGGGCAGAGAGUGAAACUGAGUGAAGGGUGCUUGUUCAUUUAAGUUGAUUUUCCCAGAAUGUCAGACGUUUAAAGGAAAAAAGGAUAUUUUAAAAGUAUAUUUGCAAACAGGUCUGGCUAAUAAUCUGACAAAUGUCAAAUAUUUGCUUUGGAAUUGAUCAUUAAUCAGGCCUGUUUGCAUUUGCAUGGUGAAAAAGCUGAAAGAUAAUCAGUUAUUUGAACUAACUUAGCUUGAAUUAUUCUGUUACGAAAUCCUGCUGAACUGCUCAUCACAAAAAAGUGAAUUCUACUGACCUAAAACCUGGGUUUGAGUUUCAGCUGAAGGCUGAAAGAACAGUGGCUGAUUAGCAGUGGUUUAACUGCUGUUCGUAUUAAAACAUGCAGCCACAAGAUGAAGUGUUUCAGUACAGGGUCCUCAUCAUUUGCCCUCGUUUGCUAGGUUCUGACAGGUUUCAUUUAGAUUCGAUGUCGACUUCCGAUGUUAUUUAGUCAGGUUAUCGAAGCACAUGCGCUUAUGAAGGCUUCCCUGUUCACGGCUGCUAAUUGGGUUGUAACCUGUUCCAUUCGCACUUGAUCUAAACCCUGUAACCAAAGCUCUUAGGGGGGGAGAACCUCUGCCUUUGCCGUUUAUGUAAGUGACGGCCUUACCCAUUUGGCACUGAGAGAAUCAUGUUUGUUCCUUAUUUAUUUAUCAGUGACAGUGUUCACUAUAAAUGUGUUUUUUUUGUUGUUUUUUUAACUUAUUAUCGGAAGCAGUGCCUUCCAUAAUUGUGACGGUUAUACUGUCAGUUUAUAAUAGCAGCAUCUGCUACCAGAAAUACAUGUUACCAACAGCUGUCACCGGAAAUUGCUAUUACAGGUGCAGGUGGUCACCAACCCAGAAGCACUUGUUAGAAAUGGAGCAACCUUUCUACUAAAUCGUCAACAUUCAGCCCGGAACCAGCCUUAUCGCUGCCGGACACGGCACAGGUUCCCAGAGAUUUCGAAGUGACCUGUUUUCUCUGCCUGCAAAUGCGUUCUUUUGUAGCAGCUGUUAAGGUUCCAAGGUUGGGAAACCUCACUGGAACCAGAUGAUAAAUUGUUUAUCAAGCUUUUGUUGAGCGUCCAGUUUAAAAUGCUGCAUGAACAAAUGUGUUGCAGCCAAUUCUAACUAAGCACAUUUAAAACAGCAGCUGAUUUGACACAAUGUGCACAUUACCUUUAAACUACGCCUGUACAUUGACUUUUGACAUGUACAAAUGGGUUGUAAUUAAUAGUGCACUGUAAAACACAUUUGUGGGCGGAGCUUUGACAGGUCAGUUAACAUUCAAGGUUGGACUUUGUACGAGAGCUCGUCUCUUGCGAUCUGAGAGGAGGGCGUAAAGCUCUUUGACCAGAGCAAGACUUUCUGGCCAUUUCUGUGACAGAGCGUUUUUUGGAACAUGUAUAUUUCUAUCCUGAAACAUUAUCGGGAGCAGUGUCUUCCAUAAUGUGAAGUGUGAAGGUAGUUUUUGCCUACCAGUGUGUAUUUAUCGGGGGCAGUGUCCCUCAUAUUUCACUGUAGGGUGGAUUCAAUUAUCGGGAACAGUGUUUCCCAUAGUUUUUAUACAUAUUUAUUUUCGUUUUCGAUAUUUGUGUGGCUUCUCUUUCUUUGUGUGUUAUUGUUAAAGGUCUGUGAACUGAGAUGUUGUCUUCCCUGUAGCCCCUUUCAGCUGGGUAAUGUAAUGUCUUUGCUGUGUAGCUAAGGGUUCUCAAGAUUAUGACUGGCAGGGGAGCAAAAGGCGUAUAUUGUCUACUAUAUUCUCACAUCAUUACUAGCAGGUGUUCUUACAUUUAAAUGAACACUCCAGCAAUUUCCAGCCUAACUUCUAUUUGCUGCAUCUGUAGCGUACAGUUGAUCACCACGCACAGUCGUUCUGUCACGUGUUUAGUUCGACCCCUUGGCUUGAAGCGCAGUUAUGAUAGAAGUCAAUGAGCAGGUCCUUGCUAUUGACUGACUAUUAUAAACGACAUUUUAAUCUAUUUUCUGUUAUAAAAUUGUCUGUGGUGAUUGUUCAUAUCACUGUUCUUGGGAGAAACCCUCAUAUCUCCAAAGUGGCAACUUUACAGGAGAAGGAAAAAACAUACUUUACUUUUAAUGCAAGUCAGUGGAACCAGAAUUUUUUUCCCAGUCAUUUUGCGCCGUUUCUUUGGUUCCAUUCAUCAUGAAGUUGACACACGAUGUAAAGAACAGGCAUUUUCUAAAUUUAAAGGCCUUUCUAAGUCAAAACUUAACCUAAAUGGAGAUGUUUUCUUCUAAGAGCAGUGAUAUGCUACAGAUAUAUUAGAAAGAGAUUAAAUUGAAAAUGCUUUAUUCUGUGAACGCUGGAGACUCUGAGAGCUUUUAAUCAGUUUACACUAUAUUUCAUUACAUAUUACAUUACCUGACUGGUGUUGUGGUAUUACAUGCUUCCAUUCGUAUAGAAUCUUUCUGGUUGCACCAUCUUUCUGAAAAGGUGAAUCCUGGGGAAGAUGUAAACAUCGAGUUCCCUCAGACCGCAUUUAUUCCCUUUUCCUUUCCGACGCGGUUUAAGCGGUUUCGUUUCCAGCGUAACUCUUGUUAAAACAAUGCUUCUAGACUUCUGUGUCGCACUUUAGUUUCAUGGUGGAAAUCUGAUGCAGGUGGUGGUGUUUGCGGAUUGAUGGGGCCUUUGGCUUCUUUCAGGCAUCUGUUACUCCUGUCCUCUUUGGUGGCUUGUAAUACAUGGAUCUCUCCUUGUCUUGGGGCGCUUGGUUCAGUUUUACAGUAUGUAGUUGUUCAUGCUGAGCCUUAUGAUUGGCUGUUGCACGCUGUUCCUGCACGGAUGAAUUAGAUAUCUUACCAAUCUUAUGCAGUACUGUGUUCGGACGUGGAAAUCUGGAGGAUUCAUCUGCAUGCUUUAACUUCAUAAAGGCGUUCUGCACACGUUUUAUUAUGCUCAGAGAUUACAUUUGGUCUAGUAGUUAUUUAGUUUCACAUUAUCGGGUGUAAUAAGUAAACAUGGCUUUCCAUUGAACUCUUGUGUUUUUCAGAUAGAAAUUUUAAGCCAUUUUCGCAAUUUAUGGUAAACUCAAUGUGAGUUAAUUAACAUGGGAUGUUAAUUAGCCGUUAUGGUGGGCUGUAUGAAUUAGAAAUACUGUCUUGAACCCAAAUUUGUCUUUGCUGUGUAAUAAACAUGGUAUGUGCUUACUGUAA